UUUUGGUAAUAUUUUGAACAUGCCACAUUUGUGGGGGUUGAGGGAAGGAGAUGAGAGGCUCCUAUUUAAAGCACACAUACCUAAACCUGUAGGCUACAGGAGUACUUUUUAUCAGAUAUAUCCAUAUAAAUGGUUCGUUAGGUUUGGUUUAGUUUGCUUUCAUUUGACUGGGUCGGUGUAAAUUAGCUUCCAGUAUGAAAUCCUGCUUUCCAAUAUUUCUUGCUCAAAUGAGUAUUCCACGCUCACAGUAAUUGCAGCUAUUCUGUGCUUCUGAGAUGCUCAUUUGAGCAAGCAAUGUUCGAAAGUGAGAAGUCUUUGGCCGCCACCACCACAGCCACUCUCUCUUCCUUUUAUUUCUUUCUCCAGAUAAGUUCUAUCACUUUUUUUUUUUUCUAUUUUACUGUGUUUUACCCAUUUUUGGUUCAUAUUUAACUACUUCAUCAGAUGGAUUCUCUAGCUAGCUCUUUUAAUUUUCAACCACUAAUAUGAAUCUUGGUUAAUUCAUCUUCCUAAAUUAUACAGUUUUAAAAGCUUAUUAGUUCUUAUAUUAUAUAUAAAGGAGCUUAACUAACAUAAUUGAUGCCCAUAAUUGAGAAUUGAUAUUAUAAGAUGAGUAUUUAAACUUAAGUUAAUUACCAUAAACAGUCCAUUAUUAAUCAAUUCAAUUCAUAAUAAUUGAUUUCUUAUUUUUGAUUUUAUUUUGUUUUAUUCCAUUCAACACAAAUAACAAAAAAGAAGCCCAUACACCAGACAAAGUGAUCAUAAAUUUAAUAAGUGUGGCUGGCGUUUAACCGUAACUAUUUGUAAGUAAAUGGAUAAGGUCAUAUUGCAGGUUUUCAUUAAAGAAAAAAAAAAAAAGGAGAAAGUAAUGUUAAUAUUAGUUGCAGGAUUUUGACAAAUUACUCCAACUUACAUGAUACAUCGAUCAAUAUGACUAGAUUUUUAGUAAGCUUUCAGUAUUCCGUAACAGCCUUCUAAGGCAAAAUAAUAUCCCGAAGAAAGAUUAUCUAGGAUUGAAUAAUUAGGAUUGAAAAUUCAACUUCGUUAUGCUACAAAAACUAAUUAAAAUUUUCAUAUGUUUUUUUUUUGUUUUGCUUUUUUCUUUUUCGACCCUCCUCACCCAUGAGAUUCAACAUGCGCACCCAUGAACACAGAUAAGGUACUGCCAUUGAAGCUACCAUUUCGUCAUUUCACUUGGUUUUUUUUUUUUUUCCUCAUAGGAAAAAAGAAAAAGAAAAAGGAACUCCUGAUGAGUAUCCUCGGUUUACAUUUGCGCUAUUAGCAGCCAGCCAUUUCCUACGGUGAUUAGCAUAUGGAAUCCACAUUAAAGCUUAGAUGGGAUUUAUCAGCAAUUAAACCCGCAACUCAUGCAAUCAGGUGUGAAGGGUUCAUCGGAUUCCUACCAUCUGAUACACCUUUUGGGUGCUUCACAUGGGUAUUCAAGAGAGUGUAUGGAGCAAUUGGUGUCAACUAUGGCACGGUUGCAGACAACCUACCUCCACCAGACCGAGUGGCUCAAUUCCUUCUCCAAUCCACCAUUAUCAACCGAGUCAGGCUUUUCGAUUACAACCCCGAUAUCUUACACGCCUUUGCUCACACCGGCAUUGCUGUCACCAUCACAGUUCCAAAUGACCAAAUCCCCCACCUCACCAAGCUUAGCUUCGCUCAACAAUGGCUUAAAACCAAUGUCCAACCCUUCGUUCCUGCCACCAACAUUGUCCGAAUUUUAAUGGGCAACGAAGUUUUGUCAACCGCUAACAAGCUCUUCAUCUCCAAUCUUGUCCCCGCUAUUCAAACCCUUCACACGGCACUCGUCAACGCUUCAUUGGAUCGGCAAAUCAAGGUCUCUACCCCUCAUUCUCUGGGUAUUCUCACCAGCUCUAGUCCACCUUCGACUGGGAAAUUCAGGCAAGGCUACGAUACCCAUGUGCUUAAACCUUUGCUCAGUUUCUUGAGUGACACCAAAUCGCCUUUCAUGGUGAACCCGUAUCCGUUUUUCGGUUGCUCCGCCGAGACAUUGGAUUACGCCCUUUUCAGGCCCAAUUCCGGCGUGUUCGAUGAGAACACGAAGCUUCUGUACACCAACAUGUUGGAUGCUCAGAUGGAUGCGGUUUUCUCUGCUAUGAAGGUUUUGGGCUAUGAGGAUUUGGAGAUUGUCAUUGCCGAAACGGGCUGGCCCUCCAAGGGUGAUCCGGCCCAAGUUGGGGUUGACCCGAAAUGUGCGGCGGAUUACAAUGGAAAUCUCAUGCGGCACGUGACUUCCAGUGCCGGAACUCCGUUGAUGCCGAAUCGGACCUUCGAGGCUUACAUUUUCGCCUUGUUCAAUGAGAAUCUGAAACCCGGCCCGAUAUGCGAGAGGAAUUUCGGGCUUUUCCGACCCGAUAUGACGCCGGUGUACAAUAUCGAUAUCCUACGAUCAACGGCUAGUUCGUCGGUGCCGGAGAAGCCGGGUCCUAGCCCGGGCCCAUUUGUUGCUCCGCCGAAUCCAUCACCGCCAUCGCCAUCACCGCGUGACGGGAAACAAAAACAAUGGUGUGUGCCCAAAGCGGGGGUUGACUCGGAGGCUUUGCAGAGGAAUAUUGAUUAUGUUUGUGGGCUUGGGCUGGACUGUGGUCCGAUACAAGAAGGAGGCCCAUGUUUUGCUCCGAAUACGAUCCGAGCCCAUGCUGCUUAUGCGAUGAACGUGUACUACCAGACUAUGGGAAGAAAUGACUAUGAUUGCGAUUUUGCUCAAACUGGCACUAUCACUUACGCGAAUCCAAGCUAUGGAAGAUGUAAAUAUUGAUGGUGGAGAACAUUGCAAUGGAUUUGAUUGGAUGGACGAGGGCCUCAGAAGUGCAAGCAAAAUAUGCACUUUUGAUUGGUUUUCAUAGACAUAAGAUUAAUGACUCAUUUAUUAGAUUUAUGUAUAUUUGUUGUCCAAAUUGUCCCUUGAAAAAUUAAUGAUAUUUUUCAGUAUACAAAUAUUAUGCACUAGUUAGACCCUUUAGGCUGCCUUUGCACCAUGCUGGACAAAUUCGUGUUGGAAAGUUGCCCCUGUGACAACACUCUUGUAAGUUACAAGAAAAUAAAACUUUCACAUUUUAUCAACCAAGAAAACAAGAAAGCUUUCACUUCACAUGCUCUGUUUUCGUCUUU